UGGAAGGGAGCUGAGCAAGGGCAUCGCUGGACUGGCAGCGUGAAUGAAAGUUUGGUCCGAAUUCCGCGCAGGGGACUCCAACCAUCAUGUUAAGAUAAAGCAGAAAGGUGCAGUGCUGAACAUGCUAAAGAGGCUGGACAAAAUAAGGUUCAGAGGACACAAGAGAGAUGAGUUCCCAGACUUAGCAGAGUCUCCCAAUGCUUCCGACACUGAAUGUGGAGAUGAAAUCCCUAUGAAAAUACCUCGUACAUCAGGCAAAGACUAUGAGGAGCUGAGAGACCCUGUAUGAGAACAGUUGGGUGGAAUAUGAAUGCUUUGGAACUGAUGAAUACAAAUCUUUCCUUGAACUAUCUCCAGACUGCUUCCUUUUUGCCAUUUCCACUGCUUUGAGAACUGUGAAGAACAACAGUGGUAGAUCUUUUCAUUGGAAUUAUGCGAUAUAAUUCUUGGCCUGUAAAUAUGAAAAUCAGCAAAAUCCUAUGGCUCCUUGUGAGCCUUCCUUGGGCCCAUAAGGUUACAGCCUUACAAUAUCAAUUAAACUAAAAUCAUGCUUCUUAAUUUAGUUUUUCUUAUUGGUCCCAACUAUACAUUAUGGUUAACCAUGGUUUGUUUUCCUUAAGAGUUAUAUUCAUUGCCCAUCCAAUAUUGGCUGGGAUUAUUGGGAAUUAUAGUUCAGUAUGGAGAUUUUCUUGCAUUAGUGUUUGUUAUACCCAGACUUGGCUUUGCGUUGAUUGUGUUUUGUUAUAUUGAUCUUUUGAUUUAAUUUUUUUUAAUUGAUGUACUCUGUCCAGAAUCACAAAUUGUAAGUGAGGUGGUUUUAUAAAUUCCACAAAUAAAUGAAUAAACAAACCAAACUGAAUACUCAAAAGAAUUAGGCCUGCAAAACCCAUGUUUGCAUGGAGUGAUAUGUUCAUUUGUACCUAAAAAUAAUUUUAAAGAGCUUGGAACUAGAUCCAAAUUAUUGUUGGAAGGAGGAUGGCAUAUUUUACCUUCCUUGCUGCCUAUAUACUGAUCAGAUCUGGAGAUCUCCUGAAAAGCUGUUAAGUGAAAAUGCAAAAGUAAAGAGAUGUGACUGUGGUUCUUCCAUAUCUUAUCUUUCUGGAGCCUGAGUCUAUAUAUUUGGACCUUGAGAGAAGAGCUUCUUUGUCAGAGAGAUUAGAGCCCAAGCAACAUUUCUAAAUUCAAGUUUGAAGAAGAAUGGAUCUAAACAAACUGAUUUAGAUAAAACAUAAUACCUUUAUUUUAUUUGAACUAACAUGGACUUUAAGUCUGGAACAGCCAAACGCAGCUGGAUUGUACUAAUACAAUAAAAUUUUAUGUUCAGAGCAUGGUAAAAGUAAUGAGAUCUGUCUAGUGGCUCUUCUAAAAUGUUGUAGACUUGCUUGUUCCAAACUCUUCAGUUAAAAAUAACUUGCUCUG